UUUUAUAUAUUUACAGCCAGUAAUUCUGUCUGGCUGUAAAUAAGGUGAUUUACUGUGCUGUGGUUUAAUCAUUAUCUAAAACUUCAGAGUAUAUCUAUCUGCAGAGACACGCCUCACACACAGGAUCUGUCCUCUCUGUCUCCACCUGGAACUCGCUUUGUACUCAACACUGUGCUUGGGGAUCACACUUUAUACAUGAUGUCAAACAAUGUGAAGAGUUUUACAGUGGGAAUUAAUCCCAUAUCCAAAAGCAACGUUUUCACCAGUGGCGAUCCGCUCACAGGACAGAUCAAUCUGGAGGUGACUGAAGACUGCAAAAUCAAUUCACUCGACGUGAAGCUGAAGGGAAAAGCUGAAGUGAAAUGGACCGAACAUUAUGGAAAAACCACCGUAGUGUACCACAACAAAAUGAAGUACUUCAGCAUUAAACAAUCUCUCUUUCAGGAAGGUCGCGGCGCCACUGUCGGCCCAGGCUGCCAUGUCUAUCCAUUCAUCUUUCAGAUUCCAGCACAAGAGCUGCCAUCCUCCUUCAAAGCCUCCCACGGAAAGAUUGUGUACACGGUGGAGGUGGUCCUCAGCCGGCCCAUGAAAUUGGACAGUAAAGCUAAGGCUCAGUUCACCCUCAUGCACAAAGGAAACCCACACAGUGGGGCGUCGCUGAGGAUCCCACAGCACAGUAUCAUCGAUAAGAAGAUGAACCUCUUCACAUCAGGAACAGUGGGCAUGGAUGUAAACAUUGCACAGACAAGCUUCCGCCAAGGUGAAGGAAUCAAAGUUGUGGCCUCCAUUCAGAACAAGUCAUCUCGUGAAAUCCGGCCCAAGUACUGCUUGUACAGGAAGUACAGCUACUUUUCAACAACGAAGAGGCGAGUUGAAACCAAAGACAUCCUGAAAGAAGUGGGCGAAGCCAUUCCGCCUAUGGCCGGUCAGACUGUCACCAGGAUCAUCACCAUCCCUGCAACCACGUGUGCGUCCAUCUUGAAUUGCAGCAUCAUCAAAGCUGAGUACAGACUCAGGGUCUAUCUGGAUGUUAAAUAUGCUUCAGACCCCGAGAUCAAGUUCCCUAUAGUCAUCCUGCCUGCUUCACAGUGGCCUGAUGAUGAGAGGCCGCCCCCUGCAUAUGGAUUUGAAGGGUAUGCAAACUCAAGCGUAGGGACCGAUUUCCUCCAAAACCCAACUGCCUUGGAACCAUCCGCUCCACCUCCAUCCUAUGGCACAUACGCAUUGUACCCCUCGUUGACUGGUGCUGCUGGGAAGUACUAGAUUCUCAAAUACAUAUAGUGUGAAGUGCGCAGAUAAGUUGUUUAAUUUACGAUAUAACAUGUAAUUUAAUAAGUUAGGGUCUACCACUCGCUGUAAAGUAUUUACUAUGUUUCUGCUUAAACCCUUUUACUCAGACAAGUGGAAAGAAUGCGACCUGCAAAGCCCUCAAGAUAAUCUUAAAUUGUUGGUUGUUGUAGAUGCUAAAAAGUAGAAAAUGUAAUGUAAUAAAAUACAGUAUUGGUAGUAUACUACAUUCCAGUGUUCUGUUUAAGCUGUAGCUCCUGUAUCACAGAUAGGAUGUGGUUGACAGUAGCUUACUUCACUUUAUAUCAUUGCAUCAUGUUGAAUGAGAAUUGCUCAACUGCUGCAUAUUAUGACACACAGAAAAUGCCUUAGACUUGCUGCUAUUACGUAAACUAUAUGUUCUAUUGCUCCUAAUCAAAUAUCUUAUUCCAGUGAGCACAGAGAACAACAGACAGUCGUAUAGAUGUAUUGACUCAGGGAGUAAAGGCACCUCUGAGAAUCCAUAAACUGCUCUUAUUUAUAAUUAUUAUGAAUUAUUGUGCCUAUACCUCAAUCAGUUACUUUUAAAUUAUGUCACUUAUCAUCAUAUUUAUAUCAUACUUGUAUCACACAGGGUCAACAUUACAAUGUUCGACAAGAAUAAACCGGUCAGCUCAGCCAUGCAAUAGUUAAAUUAAAAUAAAAGCAUGGUAGAAAGAGUUUACUAUAAAAAGUCCAAAAACAAAACUAUAUACAUUCAAAGUGCAGUGUGAACUUCGAUUUAAUUUAUGACAACUUUAACUGUAGGGAGUCUGUGUGAAUAGUUAUUGUACAUGUGUAUGUAUAGUUAGUUCUCUGUGUGUUUAUCAGUUGUUUCACAUUUGAAUGAAUCAGUAAAUCAAUAUAAGCUUCA